UCUGCAAACCAAAUUUGUGUUCUCUCUCAAACUUCAUAUUCUUCCUCCUUUCUUCCUCCUUCCUUAUCCUUCUUUUUUCUUCUUUCUUCUUCUUAUUCUUUCUUUCUCUCUCUUCUCCCUUCUUCUUCUUCUCUCAAACCCAGAUCUGGCAUUUCAGCAACCUCACUCACCUCGUCCAUCUUGGACGCGCUCGUGGCACUGCUACGCCUCCGUGAGGAAGCCAGUUGUAUCUAUGGAAACACUGACUGGAUUUGCGAUCACCUCAGGAACACGAAGAAGACCGUCAGGUUCCAUGGAGGGAAGCUGUGGUUGGCGCCACUGGUGCUCGUAGGAUGCGUAGGAGACCAGCCGCUGCAGCUAGCACAUCAUCAGCUGCAGCUGCAAGCACUGCAUGUGCUGUACCUUUAGAAAACAAUGUUUGUUUUUCAGUCUAAUUUAAACCUUCCUUGGUUGUUUUCUAUGUGCUUGAAUUUAAGGUAUAUGUGGGGAUCUAUGUUAAUGAAAUAUAUCAUUGAAAUAACUUGCAGAGGAAACUCUCAGUCUUUAAUAUCAAACAUUUUCAUAGACUUGUAGUGGUCUGACUACAUGAGC